GGCCAUGGCGGAGGCCGUGAGGGGGCCGCGCAGGGCCCGGGCCCGGGGCAGGGACAAGGACAAGGACAAGGAGAAGAAGAAGAAAAGUAGCGAGGAAUCCCAGACACAAGAGCCUGAUGAUGUCUUCCUCCCUCCUGUCAUAGAAGUGUCUUCUCAAGCCAGUAAGGUGCAAGUGGAACAACCCGGAGAAUUCACAGAAAUUCAGCUCAGUGAUGAAGUAGAGGAUGUAAAACCUGCAACUGAUGCACAUGACGUCCCCUGUAGUAAUGUAACUUCAGCAAACGAAGGGUCUUCGGCAGCGACUCUAGAGCCUUCAACAGAUGGAGAGGAGACCAGAGCUGGCCGCUCACGUAAAGAACGUGGAGGGGAUGUUGAGAAAAGUGAAGAAAGCAAGCUGGACAAGCCUCCCAGGCCUGUGGAGGUGGUUGCUGGUAGAUCAGGACACUCUGACUUGCUGGGUAGUACCUCUCAUCCUAGCGCAGCUGGUUCUCAGGCAGUAGUGGGCAUUGCACGGGACAAAGGAACUGAAAACGCGCAGGAUGUUAAAAAUCCUCUUGUCCGUUUCUCAGAGAAGCUUCCUCUUAGCACCUCGCAGCUCCGUGAGAAACCCAAGGCGCCUGUUCAGCGUUUGGGGCUGAAACCAAUUUAUCCAGACCUGUCGGCUGAGCUCUCCUGCGAGAGGCCAACCGUCAUGGCUGUUAAACCCCUGCUGCACAACGAGAGGCUCUAUCCCGAGCUCCCGACUGAGCCUGAGCUGGUGCCGUUUACCAGAGAGCAGCUGAAGAUCUUUGAGCCGUGUUCAUGGCUGGAGAAUGUUGACUCCUAUGCAGAGGAAUUUGAAAGUGUUGCUCAUCAGGACAGGCACGAGUUCUACGAGUUGCUCCUGAACUACAUGCGCUGCAGGAAGCAGCUGCUGCUGGCUGAGGCGGAGCUGCAGGCUAUGACGACAGACUGCCAGAACGCAAAGGGGAGAUUGUGGACCUUUAAAGAAGAACAGAAGACUGUGCAGGGUGUCUGUGCAGAUCAGUGCAAAGUGACAGGUCACCAUCGCUACCAGACAGUGGAGCUGAAUGAAGGUGUGUUGGGGGAACUGAAGAAGCUGUUUGAAGCCAAAGCAGAACACGUGCACCAAACGCUGGCACUACACUCGUACACUUCGGUGUUAUCUCGGUUGCAAGUGGAGUCCUAUGUGUACAGGUUGCUGAACAGCUCCUCCCUGCUGAGAUCGGUGGCUCUUCAGCAGCAAGAACAAGUUUCAAAGCACUCUGAAAAUCUUUCUUCAGACUUGGGCCACUUGAAAGAAUGUAUCAGCGUUCUCUUCAGUUUCACUCGCAGACUUAUCGAAGAUCCCCAGUUUCAGAGUGACCUUCUCAUGUGGCUGCAGAGGCUGGUGUCAGUGCUGCAAAGAAUUGGCUGUCCAGGUGACCAGCUCUUCCUCUUCAACCACAUCCUUCGAUGCCCAGCUGGGAUCGGUGAAUGGGCUGUUCCGUUCAUUCAGAUCAAAGUCUUGGAUAACCCAUCAGGUGUCUUUCAUUUCAUGCAAUCUCUUGCCUUGCUUAUGUCUCCCGUCAAAAAUAGGGUGGAGUUCAUGUGCCAUAUGAAACCAACUGAAAGGAAAAGCUCCUCUUCCUCUGGGAAGGAAUCUGGAAACUGGACACUAGUAGAUGAAGGAGGAGAAGAGGAUGAGGAUCCUGAAACAAGUUGGAUUCUGCUUUUGGAAGAUGACUUGAUUGCCCUAUUGUCACAAUUCCCUUUUCAUGAACUGUUUCAGCAGUUCCUUGGGUUUAAGUCUGCAGGUACUUAUUUUCCUGAAAAAUCAACUCCCCAGGAGAUGAUGAAGAUUUUUGCUUUUGCAAACUCCUUAGUGGAACUUCUGUCUGUGGGGUUAGAAACAUUUAACAGAGCACGGUACCGACAGUUUGUGAAGCGAAUUGGUCAGCUAAUAAAGAUGACACUCUGCCAUGUGAGUGACCACUGGGCGCAGUACGUUAGUGGCAAUAAACAAUAUGGAUCAAUAGCGCAUCCGUACUCUGUGGAGAAAUUGCAACUGGAGUUCGAUGAGCUGUUUUUCAGAGCUGUUCUACAUGUUCUGAAGGCAAAAAGGCUGGGAGUCUGGCUCUUCAUGUCUGAGAUGCCUUACAGAACAUUGUCCAGCAACAUGCUUUGGAAGCUCUUCUUUGUCAUGCACUGUGCAGAGAGUGAGCACCUGGAAAAGCUCUGCUCUUCUCUACAACCUGCUGACUGCAAACAGAGGCUCAAAGAGCCACAGCACCUUGAAAGUUUUGAAAAGUAUCUCCAAUCAAUGAACUGCUCAGAAGAAAUUUGUCUGCUUACCACAUUUGCUCAGAUGGCACAAACCAAACGGGCUGAUGUUGAUGAGGAUUUUGUCAAAAUCAUUGUUCUGGAGAUAUAUGAGGUGUCAUAUGUUAGUCUUUCGACAAGGGAGACAUUUUCAAAAGUUGGCCGUGAACUCCUGGGAGCAAUUGCCAGCAUCCAUACACAGAUUAUAUCUGUACUGCUGGAUAGAGUUAAACAGACUAUUGAGAAAGUUGGAAUGGUUUCCUUGUAUCUGUUUAAAGAACUGCCCUUGUACCUGUGGAAGCCUUCUUCAUCUGAGAUAGCACUGAUUCGAGACUGGUUACUAAAUUACAGUCUAGCAACGGUGGAGAAUAAACUCGCCUGCAUUAUCUUGGAAGGUCUAAACUGGGGAUUUGGUGAGCAGCAGGAUACUCUUCAUCUGGAUCCAGCUGUCCAUUCUGAAGUUGCAUUGAUGGUCCUGGAAGCAUACCUGAAAUAUCUCUCUCAGAAACCAUAUGCUGGGCUGCUUUCUGAAAGCAUAAAACAGGUCUCCUACUUAGCCAGCAUUGUUCGUUAUGGAGAAACACCAGAGACUUCCUUUAACCAGUGGGCAUGGGGCUUGAUUUUGCGGUUGAAGCUUCACAGAAAUGACCGUGGCAUGCAGCAUGGCUGGCCUGCAGUGCCUGUGUCUGACAGUAUGCUCGACAUGACGGAGUCAGUCACGCUUCACCCCCUCCUGAAGGCUGUUAAAGCUGGCAUCCCCAUCGGCUGUUACCUGGCGCUGGCCAUGACCAUGCUAGGUCAUAGCAUUGAGAAGUUCUGUGCUGAAGGGAUCCCUCUCUUGGGUGUACUCGUCCAGUCUAGGUAUCUGAGAACAGUAGUCCACGUACUGGAUAAAAUUUUACCUGUAUUUUACUCUUGUCAGUAUUAUCUCCUGAAGAAUGAACAGUUUUUAUCACAUGUUCAGCUCUUCCUUCACCUGGAUAGUGGAGUCCCUCAAGGCAUGACCCAGCAGGUUACCCACAAGGUAACCCAGCACUUGACAGGAGUGAGCUAUGGAGAAAAUGUUAAGCUGCUCAGUAGUAUGAUACAGACUCACAUCUUCCUAAGCAGCCAGCCAAAUGGUGUGGGGCCAGCUGCAGUACUGGAGUUCUGGGUUCAGGUCCUCACCAGCCAGCAGCUGUGGCACAGGGACCGGGCAACGCUCUUCCUGCUGGAUCACCUCUGUAAAGCUGCUUUUCAGUACAGUCAGGAAGACUGCGUACAAAAGCUGCUUUACCAACAACACAAGAAUGCUUUAGGCUAUCAUUGUGACAAAGGUCUGCUAUCUUCGCUUGUAAGCUGGAUUGUGGCAGGCAAUGUGACGCCAUCCUUUGUUGAGGGAAAUGCCAACUCCUCUCAGGUCUGGUUUUCAUGGAUGGUGUUAAAUAUGGAGUCAAUAUUUGAAGAAGAUUCGCAGCUUCGCAGAGUUGUGGAAGGGGAAUUAGUUAUUAAUGAUUUAACUCCUGAUCAAGCUUUAAAGAAAGCCCAGAUCCAGUUGAAGCUGCCCAUUGUACCUUCCCUUCAGAGGCUAAUGAUUUACCGCUGGGCUCACCAGGCCCUUGCUACACCUGCUGAUCACCCUCUCAUGCCACUAAUCUGGCAAAAAUUCUUUCUGCUUUACCUUCACCGACCAGGACCACAAUAUGGAUUACCUGUAGAUGGUUGUAUUGGAAGACGAUUUUUCCAGAGUGCAGCUCAUAUUAACUUAUUAAAUGAAAUGAAGCAGCGCUUAAUAGAGGUAGCAGACUUCCACCAUGCUGCCAGUAAGGCUCUUAAAGUGGAGAGUCCUGCAGAAGGCAGCGAAAGAUCACUGGAGAAGGCAAGCUGCUCAUCAGAUUACCUGACUUCACCGGAAUUGCAUAAGGAACUUGUCAGGCUUUGUAAUGUUUUUGUUUUGUGGUUGGAAGAAGAGAGCUUUCAGAAAGGAAACACAUACAUUCCUUCUUUACCGAAGCAAUAUGAUGCGCAUAGACUUGCUAAAAUCAUGCAGAAUCAACAGGACUUGUGGAUGGAGUAUGUCAAUGUUGAACUCAUCCACCAUGAGUUUCAGGAAGCUAUAAACCUUUGGAUGCGGUCUCAACUUGAAUCACAUACAACAGCUAGUAUUUCUGCAGGGCAAACAGAUUUCACCAAUCCUUUGUCAGCCAAAGAGAGGAUAAUGAAUAAUUUGAAGAAGUUUGAUACUCCCAAGCCCCCUCUUCCGCUCCAGCUGAUGAAAGCUCCUGUGCCAGUUAUUUCCUCUGCCAGUCUGAUCAGUCAGAAAGAAGCAAUUCAGCUCACACGCACAGACCUUAAUGUCUUGCAGCGACACGCCAAAACUGCAGCUCUUUGGGAAUCCCAACAUGUUGCUCUCAACAGUGAAAUAUUGGAUACUAUACCUAAGCUGUAUGUCAAUCGGGAAGAGCAGAUCACCCUCCAUUUGGAGUGCCGGGGAACUUCAAAUAAAGGCUGCCAGGGAGCGGCUCUUCUGACAAUCCAGUUUGAAGGGAAACAUAAAAAUGAAGCAGUGAGCCAGCAGCUUCAUGCUUUGCGUAAGGAAGUGAGACAGCUGCAAGCAGAAGCUACGAAGCCACCUUCUCUGGGUGUUGUGGAAGCAGCAGUACAUGUGGAAAAUUUUAUAACGGCAUUAAUAAAUAUCUACAAGGUGCAGCCUAUGCCUGCAAUUAAGAAAGUUGGAAUUAGUUUGUUUUUUAUAGUAGUAGAAUAUGUGUGUGAUGAAACUCAACGCAAUCCUCCCACGAGGCAGUUCUUCACUUCAUGCAUUGAAAUUCUCGGCCAAGUGUUCAUCAGUGGGACCAAGUCAGAGUGCAAACGUCUCCUCCAGACGAUCCUGCAGAAUCGAAGGCUCUGUACACUUCUUUCUCCUUACUUCACUCCUGUUGCCUCUCCUGAUGAGUUUGUGACUUUAUAUGAAAAAGUUGUGGCCUUUCUGAGUGAGGAUAACAGCGAUGUUGUCUUCAUGCUGUUGACAAAGUUUGACCUUACGCAAUGGUUAAGUGUUACUAAGCCACCUCUAUCUGAACGUACCAGGCUUCUGGAAUCUAUUCACUUGGCUCUCAAUGCAUGCGGCCUUGAACCUGAGGAAGAUAUUUUGAUGCCAUUUAAUAUCUUCUGCAAACAUUGGACUAACCUUCUCCAGUAUCAGUUUCCUGAUCACUAUAGUGAUUUUCUAAGGUUGUUCGUGCAAAGCUCUUCAGAGCAGCUUCUAAGCCCUGAAUGUUGGAAGGCAUCGCUUAAAGCUUUGGGAUGUGGUUCAUCGGUGACUGAGCAGGGAAGCUUCAAGACAAAUGAUUGUACUGAAAGUUCUGUACUGCGGGAGUCUGCAGAAAUUCUCCUCUCUGAAGAGCAGGUUAGAGAGACAAUAGAAUGGCUUUCCACCUCUUUCUGCAAACUCCGUCUGGCUUCAGUGGACUUCAGGACCUUUGGCCUGUUUUCAAAAUGGAGUACUUAUGUGGCUGAAAUGAAUACAUUUCUGGAGUACCUUGUUAAACGGCUCAUUGAAACUGAAGUUGUCAAUUUAGCCCAAGAGCAUGUUGGCAGUAACAAAAUUUUAGCAGCAUUGCAGUCCUUGUAUUCAGUCAUUGCUGGACUCUUUAAACCAUGGAUACUGGUCUUAGACAAGGAAGAUGCAAGUAACCAGCCCUGCUACCCUUGGUUAGAGAGUGACACUCCUGUAGCAUCCAGCGUGGUCCGUUUGUUUACAGAUUGCAUCAAACUUUUGCAUGAGAGCUUUAAAGAUAAGCUGUUGCCAAGCCACCAUGGAGCUCUCUGGCUACAUCUAAUGUAUUACUGUGAAUGUUGCACAGCCCCCAAAAUGCCUGAGUUUAUUCUCUAUACUUUCCAUACUGAGUUCAAAAAGCUUCCAUGGAAGGAAAUGCAUCCAGACCAGAUGCUUAUGGAGGAGUUCUUUAAAGUUGAAAGAGGCAGCCCCAAGAGUUGUUUCUUGUUCCUGGGUUAUGUUUUAUGUGAAAUAAACUGGGUCAGUGUCCUCUCUGAUGCCUGGAGUCCCAACCCCAACCCUCAGACUCACAACAUGAUUGUCUGUUUGCUGUAUAUGAUGGUCCUGUUGGCAAAGGAGGAACAACUUAUAGGCAAAGAGGAAUCACCACUCAUAAAUCUUCUCGGACAGACCAGCUCCCUUCCUUGGCAACUUGUGGGCAUUUCUUCUUACCAAAGCAUCAUCAGCUAUUGUAACAGCCAUUACCCUCCCUCUGUCAUCCUUGCGAAGGAUGCUGCAGCUGAACUGAUAGUGAAGCUCCUGAAAAUCUCAGCAGGGUUUGGCACAGCUUCGGAUAGUCACAUCCACCUUGAUGCAACACUGAAGUGCCGAGCAUACAUUCGUCAGGUGGUUCAAUUUCUCAGCACCUUGGAACAAAGCGGAAAGAUAACUCUUGCAGUUUUAGAACAAGAAAUGUCCAAGUUGUUAGAUGAUAUAGUCAUCUUUAAUCCUCCAGAUAUGGAUCUGCAAACACGUCACAUGGCCCUCAGCAGUCUCUUUACAGAAACACUGAUGAUGAUGAACAAUUCCAGUGUUACAACAGCUGAGUCGCUGCGGGGGAGUUUACGGAAAUGGAUCGACAGUAAAGUGCACGGGUUGCUGGCCAUGCCCCUCCUCACAGCUGCCUGUCAGAGCCUGGCCUCUGUGCGACACAUGGCAGAGACAACAGAGGCGUGUAUCACCUCUUACUUCAGUGGAGAUUUUCUUCACUACCAGGAUUUGGGCUGGGGCCCUAUACUUGCAUCCCUCCAGGUUCCUGAACUAACCAUGGAAGAAUUCCUGCAGGAGUGUUUGUCUUUAGGAAGCUACUUGACCCUGUAUGUCUACCUGCUGCAAAGCCUAAAUUCUGACCAAACUCUUAGCAAUGAAAUGAAAAUCCUGAUAACCAUCAGCAAGUGGCUGGAGCAAGUGUAUCCAAGCUCAGCAAAGGAAGAAGCAAAGCUGUUUCUCUGGUGGCAUAAAGCUAUGCAGUUAUCCUUGAUUCAGAUGGAGCAGGACGAUGCCAUUCUGAUCGAAUCUGUCAUUCGGACACUGCUGUCCAUCCAGGGCAGGCAGAGCCAGCUGGCUGAGGAGAGACUGACUUCUGGAAUACUCGGUGCUAUUGGGCUAGGCAGGAGGUCUCCUUUGUCACCCAGGUUUCGUGUGGUUGCCCGCAGUUUGUCUGCCUUCCUCCUGGUGCAGAUUCCUGCAGAGAGUCAAGUCCGCCUGAAAGCAGGCUCAGAACCAAAGCUGUCGCAGAAGGCCCAGCAGGCACUGACUGCUCUUGAAUCUAUGGCAUCAAACAAACAAUACAUGGAUUACCAUGAGCAGCUCUCCCAGGCUUCUCUGUUCAUCAAGCAUCCAGAACAUUGUCUUCAAGAUGGCAAUAAUCUCUUGGCUCUCCUUAUUAACACUCUGUACCCAGAAGUGCAUUAUUUGGACUGCAUACGAUAGCAGCACUGAGCUCACAAAAUCAUCGUGCGAUGCUGAUUCCUCUGGUUUACAUGUAGUUAUUGCACAAGUAAUUUUUACCUUCAGAGUCCCACUUAACCAAGUCAGAAGUGUGGAUGGGAACUGCACGCUGGCAAGUUUUAUCCUCUUUGAGGUUUUCUCCUUCCUUUAAAGCUCUUAUGAUAUUUAGGCCUGUGGAAUUACUCGGUUUUUGUUGACUGAAAGCAGUUGAAUACCUUCCUGGGUAUGGUGUGCCUCUGAGAGGAGGUUACCUGAGAACAGACAUUCAAGUCAUUCGACAGCAAAGCUCAUCGUUGUUUCUUGUAGCAUCUUACAUUUUUGCUUUGUGCCUUUUUCAUUUUCAGUGUCAACACUUAAGCCAGUGCGAAGUGAAGGGUGGGUUGUGUAUAAAAGAGGUUUCCUCUCUCUUAGCCAGGAUACCUCUAAAUCGUGUGUGUGUGUGUUGGGAGACUCCUGUGUUUGAAAAGAUAGUAUUUUAAAUUUUGACUUUUUGAUAUUCCACAGAACUCUAGUUAAAAGGCAUGCCUACAAUCUUCUCCCACACCUGUAAAUACAAACUAAAAUUUUAACUAAAGGACUUCAGCUUUUUCUGAUUUUCUAAGUAUUAGUGAGUCUGCCUCCAUACUGCUUGAUUAAACACAAGUAAUUUCUGGCCAUGUUUUAGGCCAGGCAAUGCCUAAAGACUGAUUUUCUUUCUGGAUCCCCAGAGUCUGUGUGGGAAACAGUUAUGUUCUUGUCAGAUAAUAACCUGUAACUCUGAAAAUCUGGUUGUUUAGGAAAUAAUGGCUUACUAAGUGGACACCACUUAAGUUUAUUCAUUUCUUCCUAGCUGGGCAUGCCAUAGCAGGAUUUUAGAUGACACUGUGAAAAGCUAUUUAGCUUGUAUUUAAUUAGGUGGACGCUUGUUAAAAUUCUAUUACCAAAGCACGAACCAUGGGCCUGUAAAUCUGUUGUUUCAGCCGAAUGAUCACUGGUUUUGUUGGGUUGUCUAUUGCGCCUUUGUUCGAUGACAGCAGAAAAUGAAUUUCCCUGGUUGCUUGCCUAAUGUUGGCCAUUUUGUCACAUUUCAUCACUGAUCUCUUUGAGGUGCCCAAGGUCCUGCAGUCCCAAUCUGUACGCCUGUAUGAAGGAUCAACAAUAGCUUCUCUUCCUGCACUAAUUGUGCCUUUCUGUUUAGAACAUGGCUGCAUGUUAAAACAUUUGUUCGGGUCCCCAGGGGAAGGAAGCGUACUACCUACUGUCUGUUCAAUAAUGGAUUGCUUUGCAGUGUUGCUCUUAACUGUGAUUUUGGUGCUGGAAAACAAACCACCUUUCUCUUCUUGACAAAUCCUGCUAACUAUGCCAGUUGGGUCAUUAGAUCACCAUCAUCUUCAUGUGGUCUUAGUUCUUUGCUCUAUCUGCGAGCCUAUAUAUAUUUAUAUAUAUAUAUAUAUAUAUAUACACACAUAUAUGUACAUCUCUCUGUAUAUUAACCAGAUCAUGAUGCAGCAUGGACUUUAAACAGACUCUUGGAAAAUUCACACCUGGAAGAAUAUGUUUUGCUGCUUUUCCUGCCUGCCCAAAGACUUAAAAGCACUGGUUUUAUUAGAUAUGUUACUGAUCAGUUGUAUAAAAAUGUGAAGGAGUUGGGGAUACAUGUAUUUGACAUGCACUUUUAAAAGAUGAUGAUGUUUCAGCUGUUAAGUUUCUACAAAUGUGUUUAUAACAUGCUAUGUCUGCAAAGACCAUGCAAAAUAAAAAUGAAAAAUCA